AUGCGAAAGCCCGUCCUCCCGAUCCCCCCGAACACAAAUCUCGCGGGCAAGACGGUUGCACGCCAAUCCUUAGUCUUCAAAGCGUCGCGCGUAAUCAUCACCACUCGCUCUCCUGCCAAGGGCAGGGCUGCCAUUGCAGCGCUGUUGGCCGAUCCCGAGGUCAAUACGAAUAACCCAAUUGCGAGGGUGGAAUUCUUUGAUCUGGACCUCGACGACUAUGAAUCUGGGAUGCGAUUUGUGCGCAGAGUCAAGCACGAUGUGCCAGAACUUGAUCUACUCCUGUGCAAUGGCGGCGUCACUUUCUUCCAAUAUCAGACGAGUAAAAGCGGUCAUGAGAGAAUCAUGCAAGUCUUGGGUCUUCUGUCCCUGCUGCGGGCCACUGCAGCAACCCGUGGAUCCCCCACGCGCGUUACAUUUGUCGGAUCUUAUAGUCACCACCAGCAUAGUCUGCAAGGAACCCCCAUCGCUACAAGCGAAAGUGUGCUGGGCCACCAUGACGACCCCAAGGCUUGUCGGGGACGGCGGCGCUACCAAAACAGCAAGCUGGUCAUCAAUGCCUUUGUGCAACGCCUGGCGACCGUUCUACUUCCUUCCGAGGUCAUCGUGAAUAACGUCUGUCCGGGCUUGGUGGCCACCGACAUUCUGCGCAACCUCCCGCUGUGGCUCAAGCCGGGAAUGUAUAUUUUCUUCAAACUCAAGGCUCGCACUAUCCAGGAGGGUGGCCGGGUAAUUAUCCGCGCCGCUAUUGUCGCUGGGCAAGAAAGCCAUGGCAAAUUUGUCCAGAAUGGCAAGAUGGAUCGACUGAUGGUCAGCAGCGGUGCACCAUUCCUCGGCGAGCCAGCUGGCAAAGAAUACACCGAGAAGCUCUGGGCUGAAAUCAUUGCCGACACUAUCAAGGUAUAUCCCGAGCUGGAAGGGUUUGUUUAG